AACGUCAGGGGCUGGGCACACAGGUGGGCCGGGGAGGCGGAGCUUAGAUGGGCAGGAAGGCGGGGCUGAAAGUUCCUACUCAGUGGAAGCCGAGAAGCAGGACUUACCCUGCUGAGUCCAGAUAAAUGAACACCAGGAUGAUAGCCGUGAUGGCGGGCAUCUUCUCUAUCCUCAAUACCAUCCAGUUCUUCAUCUUUGAGCUGAAUCAGAUAACACACAUUGGCUUCUUCAAGGACAAAUACAGCAUCUACCUGGACACAGAUUCUAAGGUCUCAUCCUGGGCCGUGGUCUACAGGCACGACAUCAGCACGGGCCUGUCCAUUAUCACCAUCAUCGUUAGCUGCUUCUUCCUCUUCUGCCUCGACAAGAACAUGUUCAUCGGGCUGAUCAUCUACACCCUGUGGAUCAUUGCUUACGAGCUCUUCAGCUUCACCAUGGUCGUGAUCAUCCACGGCACCAUCAAGGAUCAGUUUAGGACCCUCGGCUACCUGUACCUGCUGCUGCAAAUCUCCCGCAUGCUCCCUGCACUUCACCCCUCUGCCUUCAUCGUCAGGCACAGCUACAGGCUCUGCAAGGACCCCAGACUGUGACCUUGGCCGGCCGCCGCAAGUGCUCCUCCAUCAGCACCAUGGACUCGUGGCCACCUUUGUACCGCAAAACAAACUGAACCGAAGUGGGGCGGUGCUCACCCACGGCGGGGGCCCUCCCUUCCUGGCCUCCGAUCUGUCCAAUCAACUUGCCUCUUCAGAGUUUUUGAGUUAAUGUGCAUGGAGCGGCAGGGAUGCAGCCUGUUCUAUCGUUGGUUACUUCAUGAUAUAUGUGUAUGUGUGUUA